CAGGCAAGCUGCUUUUCUCUCUGGUGAAGCGUUACUUGUGCGUCACUUCAUUGAUGGACAAGCUGAACACGGCAGGGGUGGAGUCCACCUCUGAGCGUCAGGAUGUUGGCCCCUCCUCCUCCACAGCAGCUUGCCAAUCAGAGCACGCUCGUGUGCAGCGGGAGUUCGAGUUCACCAUGGCCAUGGCCAACCUCAUCUCAGAGCUGGUGCGCGUCAUGGGCUGGGACCGCAACCGGCAGCUGCCCCUGACCUCCACAAGCCCAAGCAUAGGGGUUGUGGAAAUAAAUAACGAAAUCCAGAAACACACCGUCCGCUCCAUCUUUCAGCCGCGCUUCUCAGCUUCGUCUUCCUUCAUGGCCACUACAGCAAUGGCUGCGGUCACGCCACCAAAGAAGAAGAAAACGGCAAACGGUUUCAAGACGCGUUCUGACUUCACUUCUCGUUCAGCUUAUGUGGAGUAUGUGCAGGACAACCUGAAGAGUGGCAUGAUGGUCCGUAUGCUGGAGGACUAUGAGGAGGUCAGCGCCGGGGAUGAAGGAGAGUUUCGUUACAGUAACGACGGCUCGCCGCCGGUGCAGGUUAGUGCUGUGUGCAUUCAUGGAGCUCAGUACCAAACACUUUAUAUGCUGCUCUCAUUUUAGGGCUGCACGAUAAAUCGAAA